GUCUGGAGAUUUGGACGAAGGGCUGUCAAGCCCCGAGCCCAUGGCUGACUCCGAGCCAUGCUUCGUGGCCCUUGGCAGCAACGUCGGGGACAGGCUACGGCACCUCAGCCGCGCUGUUCUAGCUUUGCGCAAGCUGGAAGGGCUGCGUUUGGUGAGCACGUCAAGCUUGUACUCCACAAAGGCGCAGUAUGUCAGUGACCAGCCGGCGUUCCUGAAUGCAGUCGUUGCCUUGGAGCUGAGCGAGCAAAGGCUGGCUGAUUUACAGGGCUUCUUGGCUGACCUCAAGCGCAUUGAGGACGAAUUGGGCCGAAGGCCAGGGUUGCGACGAGGACCUCGAGUCAUCGACCUGGAUGUGGUGGCAGUCGGCCAGCGCAGUCUGGACAUUGCACAGGGCCAAUACCCGCUCCAGGUGCCCCACGCGCUGAUGCACGAGCGGGACUUCGUGCUCGUGCCCAUGGCAGAGAUUUGCCAGACUUGGCGACACCCUACUCUCCCUGGCUCUCCGACCCUCACGGAGUGCCUGCGGCUCCGGUCCGGGGUCUCCGGCCCGGAGGGCGCCAGCUUGGAGGCCUGGCCGGUGCAGAUGCUGCCCAGCGCGGGGGGCCUCCUCGGACGGGAGGGCCAGCUGUGGAGGCGCGACGAGAAGACCCUCAUCAUGGGAAUCCUGAACAUCACCCCGGACUCUUUUAGCGAUGGUGGAGAUAACUUCAACACAGAGAAUGCCGUGCGUGCGGCGGCCGAGAUGGUGGCCGCAGGUGCCCACGUGCUGGACGUGGGCGGGGAGUCCACCCGCCCGGGUGCUGCAGAGGUGCCCGUGGAGGAGGAGGUGCGCCGAGUGGUGCCGGUGAUCCAAGGGAUUCGCGAGGCAGGCUUGGAUGUGACCAUCAGCAUUGACACCCGCAAGGCGGACGUGGCCAAGGCCGCCAUUGAGGCUGGCGCCGACUGGAUCAAUGACGUGUCAGGUGGGGAAUUUGCCAGUUCGAUGCUCUCCGUGGCCGCGGAAUUCAUGGCACCCAUCAUCCUGAUGCACAUGAAGGGAACGCCUCAGACCAUGAACUCUCUCGCCAGCUACGGAGCAGUCGUGACGGAGGUCGGGCACUACCUGGUGUCCCGGCGCGCUGCUGCAGAAGCAGCUGGUGUGCCCCGAUGGAACAUACUGCUGGAUCCGGGGAUCGGCUUUGCCAAGGACAUGCAGCACAACCUCUGCCUGCUCCGCCAGCUUAGCGAGCUGAAGGCGCAGUUGCAGCCAUCCCCGCUGCUGGUCGGGGCAUCGCGGAAGCGCUUUGUUGGGACAAUCCUGGAGGAGCCUGAGGCCAAGAGACGGACCUUCGGCAACGCGGCCACGACCGCCAUCGCCGUUGCGGGCGGAGCGGAUGUGGUACGUGUGCACGAGGUCAAGGAGAUGCUGCAGACAGCCCUGGUGUGUGACCAGGUCUACAGAGGCCCGAGCGACAGAGCUCGGUUAUAAAA